AUGGCGCCAGUCGAUACAGUCGCAUCUACGCGCAGCAACUCACUCCCCAUCGCUAUCUUCGGCGGCCAAGUGCUCCUCGUUACAGUCCUCACAGCUCGUGUACUUCUCACUACUCGACGCGCCGCCAAAUCUCAGCCACCAUCAACGCGCACGCGCUCACAAGACUCGGCUCGCCGCCGCCAUGCCGUCACCUUCUCCAUCAUUGCGCUUCUCUCACUACUCUCCGUCGGCAGCUUUGCCUUCCUCUGGCGCGCUAUCUCCUACGUGCGAUGGGCUGGAGAGAAUACACAUGACAUUCCAGGUAGUCUCUGGAGUGGCUGGUAUGGCACUGGCGAGGAAGGGAGAUGGUAUCUAGCCGACUGGAUCGCGGACAUCGAUCUCGUGCGCGAGUUUGACAAAGUUGGAAUAAUGAAACCGGAGGGGUUUCUGUAUACUAGCCAGUAUUUCGUUGGACUGAUCGCAAGCUCCAUAUUCAUGGGCGCUGAAGGCCGCAGGCGCAAUCUUUCCAACACAACCAUUGCGUCGUUCGUACUACUGAGCUCUAUUGGAAGCUUAGGGUACUCUUUGAGCUUGUUCUUCAUCACCAUCUUGUAUACGCCUUUGACCAUACACCACGAUGAUACCCCGUUACACGACGCGCUGUUCACACCAUAUGCUUUCGUAUACGACACUGGCAUCGUUGCGUCGCUCAUUACUCUGAAUCUCUUUCCACAACUAGUCUCCGAGUUCGGCGACAAGAGCAUGAUGCGACUCGGAUACCUGGCCAUGCCACUUGCCUUUGCAUUUGCGCCACAGUUGGUUCCCUACGCACUGGGUCAUCAGCAUACGUCUAAAGCAGCGGCUCAUAGAUCAUACGUCAAAGUCUUCCACGCGCUAUCAAUUGCCUCUAUCCUCGUAUACUGGCGUGUGUGGACUACUCUGGUGUACGUCAACAGACCUGCCCAGCGCUCCCACGUUUGGGAUCUCUUCGCGAAUUCUAUUGCUAAGAGCGAUUCGGCGAAUGCAAACAGGCUUCUCGCAAGUAUCAGCAACGCGGGCCAAGCUCUCAAGCACAUCAGCAUGCACCCGGCUAUCAGUGUCACCAGCCUCGACGUCCUCUUUGCUGCCAUCAGCUUGCUGACGUGGACUUUCACGCGCGAUCUAGAUGUGCAUGCGAUCCUAGAAAGCAGCAUACUUUCUUUUCUCGUUCCCACCCAUGAGAAGCACGUCACAUUCAAGCAAGACCUGGCAAGAGUGAUGGAGCAUGCGAGCGAGCCCUCGUCCCCAAUAGAGCCUCUUACGCCGAGGAAGCCUGGGCACCCGGCAAAGAAGGCUGACGUAAAUGGUACAUCCACUUCCGCAUCCACGAGUGCGUCUCUCAGACGCAGCACACGAGGGAAAGCGCGCACUUCAGAUGUGGAUUCUGACGCAGGCUCAUUUGCUGGUGACCCUGAUGCUACAUACCAACCAACAGAGCAGACCAAGCGCGCUAUACAGGGAAUGGAGUCAGACGGCUCCGCGCCUGAGGGCGAUCUAGUUCACGCGGGAGAGUCGACUGCACUAGCUAUGUUUCUUGUCUUCUUCGGUGGACUGGGUCAAUUAGCUGCGGGUACGCUGGGUGCCGAGGUGACAGGACCGCGAGACUGA